GUUAAAAUACUGACUUGUUAGUUGGAGAAAUCUACUGUACGAAUACUACCGUUUAAGCUGUGUAACUAUAAGUCGACUACGAAUAAGUUUCUUGUAAUAUAUACCUUUAUCGUUUAUGAUACAAUGUUAUUAAGUUGUGAUUCAACCCAGUUAAUUUAGUUGAAGUAGUCUGUACUAUAAAAUAUAUAGUCACCAGUACGAUGUAGUUAUAUUGGUUAAUUACUAUAAAAUAUAUAGUGUACCACUGUACCAGUACAAUGUAGUUAUAUUGGGUAAUUUUAGUUUAAUAUAUAAUUGCAACUAACCUUAGAUAUAUACAUCUUAAAUGCUUUAAUAAGGCUUCAGUAUUUGAUCUCUAAACGACGUCACACUAUGCUUUGAGUAAACAAAUAACAGAUAAAUCCAAUAGUUUCCAGGUCGCUUGUAAUACCUUUUGCUUGGUAAGCUUUGUACUGGAGCAAACCCACCAAACACUGUGUUUAAAAACACGCGGCGCUGAUUUGUUCAUUACCGCGAAGCUUAUUACUGCGCAAGUUUUUCUGAAAAUCGCGCAACUUGUAACUUCGUAAACGCAAACCUGUCAUUUGAAGUUUGUUUUUGUUUCAGUUGCUAGCUGUUGCCAAGGAUGGAUUGUUACGUCAGUUGCUUGCUUGGUGUCGUCACUAUCGUUGUUUGUGUUCGAUAUUACGUCAGCAGCAAGUGGAUUAGGUUUACCGAAGAAAUUGAUUUAAAAGGGAAAAACGUAAUUAUCACUGGUGCAAAUGCAGGUUUGGGUCUUGAAUUGUCAAUCCAGUUUGCCAAACGAAAUGCGCGCGUUUAUAUGGCGUGUAGGAACACUAAGAAAGGUGCACUCGCGGUUGAAUAUGUGAGGAAACAUCUGGGUUCCUCCGCAGACGUGAUUUGUGUGGAAUUAGAUCAAUCGUCAUUGGUUUCAGUGAGGCGUUUUGUGGACGAUUUUAAAACGAGAGAAAAGAAAUUGGACAUAUUAAUCAACAAUGCAGCUGUCAAUGCAAUACCAUCAUCUAUCACUGAAGAUGGCAUCUUAUUACAUUACGCUACCAACUAUUUCGGGCCCUUCCUUCUUACGAAUCUAUUGCUUGAACGCCUUGAAAGAUCUGAAGCUGGAGGUCGCGUUGUUAACAUAGGAUCGCUGUCACACACGGGUGCUAGAUUGGACUUGGAUUACAUUCAACCGGACAAGGCUAGGAUUUAUAUUCAAACGAUGCAGAAAGGAUUUAUUAAAAAACAAGAAGAUAUUUUGCUUUAUCAGAAUUCGAAGCUAAUGAUGCUCAUGUUUACAUUUGAACUUGCGAGAAGGCUCGGCAAACGUGGUGUAACAUCAAAUUGUGUCCACCCCGGUAUAGUAGCCACCAGAAUGCUUGAAGAUGAUCGAAACCUACUGAGGAAAGUUAUCGUCUUUUCACUACGGCUGUUUGCAAAAUCAGCAGAAGAAGGUUGUCAACCGAUAUUGCAUUGUGCUCUGUCAGAGCAACUACGUGACGUCACUGGAAAAUAUUUCGGCAACUUUGAGGAAGAGAAGAAUGUUCACGAGAUGGCGCUAGAUGAACGGUCGUGGGAAAAGUUGUGGGAAAUCAGUGAAGAUACUACCGGGUUGUCAUAAAGCUUUAUCCAAACCUGAACUUAAUUGCUUCAUCCACUAGUAAACUUAUUUGUAACCAGUGUUUAUAUACGUUGCCUAUGUUUCCCCACUUAACUGCCGUAAACGUUCUGAACUCCUCUACAAGUAAAUGUGGCCACGUGUUUGCCAGGGAUAUAAGUGUUCAAAAGUGUACCGAGAAACGUUGCAAUAUUAAUAUAAAAGGAUUCGUAACGUACUUAAAGCCCUAAGUAGGGUGGGGGAAGAUGGCACACCUUUUAUUUGACUUUCUCGUCCGAUUUGGUUGUAAACAAAGAAUAUUUAAAGAAUUAUAAUACUAUAUCCUGAACGACUCUCAUGAACCAUUGCUAAUUGUUUAAAACGCGAUCAAAAUAUUUGGUUAUUAUACGUGCUAAAAAUGUCUCGUGUUACCAACUUAAAAUAUACUCAGAUUUGUCCCCAA